AUGGAAUCAAAUAAUCAGAAUAAUCAGAAUAAUCAGAAUAAUCAGAAUAAUCAGAAUAAUCAGAAUAAUCAGAAUAAUCAGAAUAAUCAGAAUAAUCAGAAUAAUCAGAAUAAUCAGAAUAAUCAGAAUAAUCAGAAUAAUCAGAAUAAUCAGAAUAAUCAGAAUAAUCAGAAUAAUCGGAAUAAUCAGAAUAAUCAGAAUAAUCAGAAUAAUCAGAAUAUUCAGAAUAAUCAGAAUAAUCAGAAUAAUCGGAAUAAUCAGAAUAAUCAGAAUAAUCAGAAUAAUCAAAAUAAUCAGAAUAAUCAGAAUAAUCAGAAUAAUCAGAAUAAUCAAAAUAAUCAGAAUAAUCAGAAUAAUCAGAAUAAUCAGAAUAAUCAGAAUAAUCAGAAUAAUCGGAAUAAUCAGAAUAAUCAGAAUAAUCAGAAUAAUCAGAAUAUUCAGAAUAAUCAGAAUAAUCAGAAUAAUCGGAAUAAUCAGAAUAAUCAGAAUAAUCAGAAUAAUCAAAAUAAUCAGAAUAAUCAGAAUAAUCAGAAUAAUCAGAAUAAUCCGAAUAAUCAGAAUAAUCAGAAUAAUCCGAAUAAUCAGAAUAAUCAGAAUAAUCCGAAUAAUCCGAAUAAUCCGAAUAAUCCGAAUAAUCCGAAUAAUCCGAAUAAUCCGAAUAAUCCGAAUAAUCCGAAUAAUCCGAAUAAUCCGAAUAAUCCGAAUAAUCCGAAUAAUCCGAAUAAUCCGAAUAAUCCGAAUAAUCCGAAUAAUCCGAAUAAUCCGAAUAAUCCGAUUAAUCCACAUAAUUUGAAUAAUGCAAAUAAUCCGAAUAAUCCGAAUAAUCCGAAUAAUCCGAAUAAUCCGAAUAAUCCGAAUAAUCCGAAUAAUCCGAAUAAUCCGAAUAAUCCGAAUAAUCCGAAUAAUCCGAAUAAUCCGAAUAAUCCGAUUAAUCCACAUAAUUUGAAUAAUGCAAAUAAUCCGAAUAAUCCGAAUAAUCCGAAUAAUCCGAAUAAUCCGAAUAAUCCGAAUAAUCCGAAUAAUCCGAAUAAUCCGAAUAAUCCGAAUAAUCCGAAUAAUCCGAAUAAUCCGAAUAAUCCGAAUAAUCCGAAUAAUCCGAGACCCAAUAAUAUCAGCACCAAUUCAAGUCGAUUGGCAACAAUUGGUGUCAUCGCUAAGCCAGCGGUCAACGAGAGACUUGGAGCUGAGUCGCCAACUCGUUGGAAACUCUACGCGCGACACAGCUCUGGUACCCAGCUUGCGACGACGGUCGCCAACAACGUCACAAGUGUCCUUCGCUCGACUCUUGCCGGCCGGCCUCCACACACUUCACACGAACACGAACACUCCCAUCAACAAACACUAGCGAACGACAACAAUGACAAACUCGAGGAAACGAUUCGCACCGGUGAAAGAACCCGGAAGGGCGCGAAAGUGGCAGCGGUGGAAGUGGUCCUCACAGCAGUAAUAACAGCACCGUCACAGCCAGCAGCGCGUGGGAUUCGAUGGCGCAGAAACGAAAGGACUCCGGCUACCUACCACCACCAAAGCAAUAUUCUUGCGAGAGCGACCUCAUUGCAAACGGAUCACGACGAGCUCAUCCGUCAGGAGCAUCCAGCAUCCCUUCUCCCAGCAGCAACGACGAACAGCAGCGCGAUAACAACUACCACGAAGGACCAAGCGAAGGGCCCCAACGAUCACGGUACCAUACUAACCCCAAACAUCGAAAAAAUAUAA